GCAGCGUUGACCAAAGUCUCCACUUGUAUGCAUUUUUUUGGCACCCCUGGUAUAGUAGCAUCACGGGCUUCUUUAAUCUUUCAUUAUGUCCUUGUGGGAAGAGGGAUGUACCAUUUGAGCCUCCUCUGGCUUCAGGAAGAACAUUCAACAGCGAUUAAACCUUUCAGAAGGGUAGUCUUAAUGUCUAAGUAUAUGUUAUUACCCAGGCCACAAAUUAUAAGUAAGUAGCCAUAAUCCUGGCCACCUAGAUGUCUUACAAGAUGCAUUUGCAAGAUACAUGAUACUAGAAGACGUUGGUGCAGUGGCAGCGGUUUUCCACUACUCAUAUAAUCCUAACAACAAUCUUAUAAUGUUGGUGCUGUUAUCCGAAUAGUGAAUCGCAGGAAUGAAGCCUGUAAGGGAUAAUUAACGUCACCAUGGUUAGACAUAUAUAGCAGUGCCAAUAUAUAGCAAAUGUACAGCAAAUAUAUAGCAAAGUCCGGUUUUGAAACGAAGUGUCGCCCGAGUCCAUUUUUAACCAGUACAUUCACUGCCUCUCCUUUCCCAAGAUGCAAAUGAGCGCAUUAGGAGCCAUGAGGUGUGUGAGGACUGCUGGGUACAGCUGUGGAGGCUGACCCAUGCAUGUGGGCAUCCUUCCAGCAUAGCCUAGUGGUAGCUGGAAUCCAACCCACACUCCACCUGCUAAGCUGUGUGUGUGGCCGCAUCUGCCUGGGGGAAGGAACACCUUUUUCCAAUUUGCACAGAGAUAUAUUCCCUUUCUCUCAUGGCUUCUUUCUUAUUACCUUGUUCUGCCUUCUCAGGUCCCUGCCUUUCCCUAGGAAAAGAGAAGAAAAUGACCAAGUUCCAGGAGGCGGUGAUGUUCAAGGACGUGGCCGUGGUCUUCACGGAGGAGGAGCUGGGGCUGCUGGACUCCGCCCAGAGGAAGCUGUAUCGAGACGUGAUGCUGGAGAACUUCAGGAACCUGGUCUCAGUGGGGAAUCAGCCCUUCAAACCAGACCUUAUAUCCCAGCUGGAGAGAGAACAAAAGGUUUUGAUGACGGAGACAGAAACCCAGAGAGAUGGGUGUUCAGGAACCAAGAAUCAACAUAAUAUGGAGAGUACUCAAGAAGUGGGAUUAAGCUACCUUUCCCCCAAAGAGCUUUCCUCCUGGCAGACCUGGCAACAAGAUGCAGGCAGGUUAACCAGGUGUCAAGAUUCCAUGAAAAAAUUUCAAGGGGAUAUUAUUUCUAAGCUGCAAAAACAAGGUGAUUCCCCCUGCCAGGUUUGGACAGGAAUACCAAUUCAGAUUUCUGAAGAUGGGAACUAUAUAUUGAGUCAUACAGGGGAUGGUUCCACUCACAAAAAAAAUCAAGAAUUUUCAUCUUGGCGAGUCCAGAAUUCAUGGAGGAAAAUGUACCUGAGAGAGUCACAUAAUCAUCAGUGCAGAUGUCAGCAAAUUUCCUUGAAAAAUAAUUUCUGUAAGUGUGACAGCAUCAGCUGGAUUUCACAUCACAAUGAUAAUCUGGGAGUAUGCAGAACAGAAAAAAACUAUAGCUGCCAUGACUGUGGAGAAGACAUCCUGAAGGUUUCGUUGCUUAAUGAAGACUUAAUUCAAAGAGGACAAAAGCCCUACCCCUGUAUUGAGUCCAGAAAAGCCUUCAGUAAUGACUUGAGCUCUGAAGUUCAUCAGCAGUUACAUUUAGAAGCGGAGCCCUGUACAUACAGUCCACGUGGAAAGGGCUGUAGUUAUAGUUCAAUCCUCCAUAUUCAUCAAAGUGUUCAUGAAGGAGAUGAUUGUGUUUUGGAGAGUUCACAUCUGCAGUCUCAUCAGAGAGUACGUACAGAGAAGAAGCCAUGUAAAUGUGAGCAUGGUGAGAACUUGAAUCAGUGCUCCUCUCUCAACACUUACGAACUUAUUCACACAGGAGAGAUGCCCUAUAGAUGCAGCAUUUAUGAGAAAGCCUUCAGUCAUAGCUUAGAUCUUAAUAGUAUUUUUAGGGUUCGUACUGGGGAAGAACCCCAUGAAUAUGAGGAGAAUGGGAAUGUCUUUAAUCCGAGUUCUUGUCUUCAAGUCCAUCAGGAAAUCUACGCAGAAGAGAAACUAUACACAGAUGUGGAAUGUGAGAAGGGUUUCAUUUGUAGCUCAAAUCUUAACGUUCAGCGUCGAGUUCACAUGGGAGAGAUUCCCUGUAAUUCUGAGGACGGUGGUAAUGGCUUCAGUCUGGCCUCACAUUUUCAGAACCUUCAGAUAGUUCACACUAGGGAACAACCAUAUAAACACAUAUGUGGGAACAGCUUCAGCCAAAAUUCAUAUCUUCAAGGCCAUCAGAAAAUUUGCAUUGGAGAGAAACCUUAUAAGGAAUGUGGGAAUGGCUUCAAUUGGAGUUCAAAACUUAAAGAUCAUCAGAGAGUCCACAGUGGAGAGAAGCCAUACAAAUGCAAUACUUGUGGUAAAGGCUUCAGUCAUAGAUCAGUUCUUAAUGUCCAUCAGAGAGUGCACACGGGAGAGAAACCGUACAAAUGUGAGGAGUGUGAUAAGGGAUUCAGUCGGAGUUCAUACCUUCAAGCUCAUCAGAGAGUUCACACUGGGGAAAAACCGUACAAAUGUGAGGAGUGCGGAAAGGGAUUCAGUCGCAAUUCAUACCUCCAGGGCCAUCAGAGAGUUCACACUGGAGAGAAACCAUACAAGUGUGAGGAGUGUGGGAAGGGCUUCAGUCGGAGUUCACACCUUCAAGGCCAUCAGAGAGUUCACACUGGAGAAAAACCCUUCAAAUGUGAGGAGUGUGGGAAAGGCUUCAGUUGGAGCUUUAAUCUUCAAAUUCAUCAGAGGGUUCACACAGGAGAGAAACCCUAUAAAUGUGGAGAAUGUGGUAAGGGCUUCAGUAAGGCCUCAACUCUUCUGGCCCAUCAGAGAGUUCACACGGGAGAGAAGCCAUACCAAUGUGAUGAAUGCGGUAAGAGCUUCAGUCAGAGAUCAUACCUUCAAAGCCAUCAGAGUGUCCACACUGGAGAGAGACCAUACAUAUGUGAGGUAUGUGGGAAGGGCUUCAGUCAGAGAGCAUAUCUUCAAGGUCAUCAGAGGGUCCACACUAGAGUGAAACCAUAUAAAUGUGAGAUGUGUGGGAAGGGCUUUAGUCAGAGUUCACGCCUUGAAGCACAUCGGAGGGUCCACACAGGAGGGAAACCAUACAAAUGUGAGGUGUGCACAAAAGGCUUCAGUGAGAGUUCACGCCUUCAAGCUCAUCAGCGGGUCCACACAGAAGGGAGGCCCUAUAAAUGCGAACAGUGUGGUAAGGGCUUCAGUGGGUUUUCAAGUCUCCAGGCCCAUCACAGAGUCCACACUGGGGAAAAACCAUAUAAAUGUGAGGUGUGUGGAAAGGGCUUCAGUCAGAGAUCAAACCUUCAGGCUCAUCAGAGAGUCCACACAGGAGAGAAACCGUACAAAUGUGAUGCGUGUGGUAAGGGUUUCCGUUGGAGCUCAGGUCUUCUAAUUCAUCAGAGAGUCCACAGUGGUGAUAAAUUCUAUAAAAAUGAAUAUGGUAAGGACUAUCUUUCAUCAGAGAAUCCAUACAGAAAUGAAGUUCUGUAAAAUGGUGUUCCCGUUUUGUUUUGUUUUGAAGUCCUCAAAUGGGAGCUGAAUUUUUCCAUUCACUAGAGUUCUUAUAGUAGAAAAAGAAUUUCUUCAAGGAAAAUAAUAUUUCUACCCAACCUCAACAUUACAGUAGUCAGGAAACCACACAGCAGAGACAUCUAACGAGAGGCAUUCCAUAAAGGAUUUUGUCAGAACUGUAACAUCAAUCAUUGCACAUGACUUUAACUAGUUGGACUAGGGCUUAUGAAAAGAUAAGAGUAUGGUCAGAAAUUU